AAGAGAAUUAGAGAGUCCAGUUGGUUUAAACGAAGUCAAGUCUUACCCAACCAACCAUCAAAAUGGUCGCGUCCGUGAAAGUCUUCAAAAAAACAUCUCCGAAUGCUAAGCUGACCGUCUAUCUGGGCAAGCGUGACUUCGUCGACCACCAGGACCAUGUCGACCCUAUCGAAGGUGUCGUCGUCGCCGACAACGACUACCUCAAGGGCCGCAAAGUCUUUUGUCAGGUGAUCGUGACCAUCCGGUACGGUCGCGAGCAGGAUGAAGUGAUGGGCUUGAAAUUCGUCAAGGAAUUGGUCCUCAUCAACGAGCAAGUGGUGCCCCCUCGUCGCUCUCAAGAUAAGAAGCUUUGCCCUCUUCAGGAUCGUCUGUUGAAGAAACUGGGAUCGAACGCUUACGCUUUCACGUUCACGCUCCCGACUACGGCUCCCGCUUCCAUCGUUUUGCAAGAAGGUGGUCGUGAUGGCGAUACCGCACCACCUGUCGGUGUUGAAUACGAUUUCUUGACCUUCGUUGGUGAGAAUGAAAACGAUCGCUCUCACAAGCGUUCUUCCGUGUCGAUGGCUAUUCGCAAGGUGCAAUACGCCCCGUUGACGCCCAGCUCGAAGCAGCCGAGCACGAUGGUGUCAAAGGGCUUCACUUUCUCCAGCGGCAAGUUGAAUCUUCAGCUGACGCUGGACCGGGAGCUCUUCUACCACAACGAGCAGAUCCGCUUCAACGUCAACGUCAAGAACGAGUCCAAGAAGACGGUCAAGGGCAUCAUGGUCGCCGUCGUCCAGAACGUCGAGAUUACGCUCAUCAACGGCCAUUACAACAAGCGCGUCGCCAGUCUAGAGACCCGCGAGGGAUGUCCCAUCACGCCGGGAUCUUCCAUGUCGAAAACCUUUGCCUUGACGCCGAUGAUGAACGGCAACAAGGACGUCCGCGGCAUCGCCCUCGACGGCCACCUCAAGGAUGAUGAAGUCAAUUUGGCAUCAUCUACCAUCAUCGCUGAAUGCAACGAAGCUACUGGUUUCGUUGUUUCGUACGUGGCCCGCGUCAAACUCGACUUGGGUUCCAUGGGCGGUGAAUUGGUGGCUGAUGUUCCAUUCAAGCUGAUGCAUCCAGCUCCAGGCUCGGCCAUGCAUCAAGGCAAGGGCAAAUUGACUAAAGCUGAUAGCCAACAAGGUCGUCAUGACUCCAACUACGCUCGCGACGACGACGACGAGAACAUUGUCUUUGAGGAUUUCGCCCGUCUCCGCUCCACCUAAACAGCAAAGGCAAACAACAGCUGGAACGACAACGGAUGAACCCUCGAAAAUAAUAAUCAAUAAUAGCAAAUGAAAUACUUAAAUUUCCACCUAUGACGUCACUUGGUUCUUUCAACGGAAUCAGGUUUCAGUUUAUAUCUGGCGUUUAUCUUUAUCUCUUCUCUCCUUCUUCUCUCCCUUUCUUUCUUCAUUAUAUAAAAAAAGAAAAAUUUAUGGGGAAAAUAUAUCCAACCUUGAGGGUCAACAAACAUCCAUUGUCCAACUCCCAUUUACAUUACACUAUAUGUAACCUCGAUGUAAACAAAAAAAAUAAUUAUGGAACUGGAAAGUAUAUGAUCAAUAAACAACAGAAAAUUCAAAAA